UUUUUUUUUUUUUCAUUAUUUUCUCACAAAAUGAAGUUUUUUUUAUGUGGGUUAUCCGCAGUUAUUGCUGCAUUAACUAUCACAGAGGCAGCCAUAACAAGAAUUUCUAUUAAGAAGCAGCAAGACUCACCAAGAGAGAAACUUGAACGAUACUCUCAUACUGGCAAAUAUUUAGCCCAAAAAUACUUUAAUAAGUAUUCAUCAGCAGGGUCUUUUGAAAGAACGUUUCAAGUGAAUCCUGAUGGUAGUGCUAACCAUGGUAUUCCUUUAUCAAACUAUAUGAAUGCCCAAUAUUAUGGUGAAAUUCAACUUGGUACACCUCCUCAAUUGUUUAAAGUUGUCUUUGAUACUGGCUCAUCUAAUCUGUGGGUUCCUUCUACUCAUUGUUCUUCAAUUGCUUGUUUCUUGCAUAAAAGAUAUGAUUCAAGUAAAUCUAAAACAUUUUCUGAAAACGGUACUGAAUUCUCUAUUCAAUAUGGUACUGGCUCACUCGAAGGCUUUAUCAGUGAGGAUACAUUAACUCUAGGAGAUAUCAAGAUUGAAGGACAAGGAUUUGCUGAAUCUGUAAAAGAGCCGGGCUUUACAUUUGCAUUUGCUAAAUUUGAUGGUAUUUUAGGUUUAGGCUAUGACACUAUCUCUGUUCAGCAUACUGUACCACCCUUUUAUCACAUGGUGAAUCGUGAUUUAAUUGAUGAACCUAUCUUUUCAUUUUGGCUUAAUAAUGGAAAUAAAAAAGGAGAAAAAGGAGGUGAAGUAGUGUUUGGUGGUAUUGACGCUGAUCACUAUAAAGGAGAGAUAACAUGGUCCAAUAUUCGUCGAAAAGGAUAUUGGGAAAUUACGUUAGAGGAUAUCAAAUUUGGCGGUGAAUCGAUUGAAUUAGAUCCGGUUGGAGCUGCUAUCGAUACAGGUUCUUCUCUCUUAGUUGCUCCUACCACAAUUGCUGACUUGAUUAAUCAUGAAUUGGGAGCUGAAAAGAAUUGGGCUGGCCAAUAUAUGGUUGAUUGUAGCAAGAUACCUAAUCUACCUGAAUUUUGCUUUAUCUUUAAUGGUCAAGACUUUUGUUUAACUGCUGAAGAUUACAUACUUCAGGUACAACAAGAUCAAUGUAUUUCUGGCUUUAUGGGAAUGGAUAUUCCUGAACCAGCGGGUCCCCUUUGGAUUAUAGGUGAUGUCUUUCUUCGUAAAUUUUAUAGUGUUUAUGACCUUGGUCAAAAUAGAGUUGGGCUAGCUCUUUCCAAAUAAAUAAAUAAAUAAAAAUAAAUAAAAGAAAAAUAAAAGAAAAUAAGGAUCUAUUUUAUUUUCUCAAAUGCAAAUGCUAAAU